GAUUCUCUUUUGAACCAACCCAAUCAAUCUUUCUCUUCAUUCUUCAAUAUGAUGAAACAAAGGAAUGAUUUUUCUGGUUUAUAGUUGUUUUUUAAUUUUGGGUUUUUGUUUUAAUGGCGAAAGAAGCUCAAGAGAGUGGUUUUUCUAGAGAUCUGUCACAGAGAUUCAUGAAUGGGACGAACCAGUUUGUUUACAGGAAUCUUCAACAAGGCGGUGAUGGUGUUGGGGAAGAAACGGAGGAGAUUGAGCUGAGUUUGGGGCUGUCAUUGAAUGGACGGUUUGGGGUUGAGCCAGAAAGAGCAAAUAAGCUUAAAAAAUCAUCUUCAAUUCCGGACUUUUUGAACCCAAUUUGGAAAGAUUAUAACAAUUGUAAUAAUAGUGAGAGUUCGUUUAUUUUUCCCAUGGGUAGUGGAAAUCUUACAAGGACGUGUUCAUUGCCCACAGAGACUGAGGAGGAUUGGAGGAGGAAAAGAAAGGAGUUGCAGACUCUGAGGAGAAUGGAAGCAAAGAGGAAGAGGUCAGAGAAGCAAAGAAAUUGGAAGAUUUCGAGGGACAGAAGUAGAGCUUUUGGGGAAGAAGAAGAUAAUAGACUUAAUGGGGUUUUUCAGGCUGAAAAUUUUGUGCAAAGUUUGGUUAAUGACGGCAAAGGAGCCCAUUCUAACAGUGUAAUCAAGGGUGGUGGUGGUGAAGGAAGUUUACUAUUACCACCAGCUGCACCACCACCACAGCAGCCGCCGCCGCCACCACAACUGUCACAGGGCUCAAUUGGUUCAUCACAAGCGAGUGGCUCAUCUGGGAUUUCUGAAUUUGAGAGUCAACCAUUUCAAGGAUUGAGCAAAUGCACUGAGGCAAUUAGCCCUUCAAUUGUUCAGUCUAUGCGAAAGAAUGAACACAAAUCACCAAUCAAUCCUGAAGCAACAACUGCAGAAAAACCAGGUAAAUUUGCCAGGGUUUCAACAAUGAAUGAAUUGACUAAGACAACAGCUACUCAAAAUGGAGUGAAGGAAGUGGUGAGAAAUGUGCUAGAAGAUAUGCCUUGUGUGUCCACCACAGGUGAUGGCCCCAAUGGAAGAAGAAUAGAAGGUUUUCUUUACCAGUAUAGGAAGGGCGAGGAAGUGAGAAUAGUAUGCGUUUGCCAUGGUAGCUUUCUCACACCGGCUGAAUUCGUGAAGCAUGCUGGUGGCGGCGAUGUUGCACACCCUUUAAGGCAUAUCAUCGUUAACCCUUCUGCUCUUUUGUAAUGGUAAUGUGUCCAUAUAUCAACCAAAAAUGGUUAUGAAGCAGAAGCUUCCCCUUUUUUUUCAGGUGGACAAGGCAUUUCUACUGUAUUCUAUACCUGCAAGCAUGAUAAAAAUGGUUAUGGAGCUCACAGAGUAAUUUCCAAGUA